GUAUAGAUUAAAGUAACUGGAGGGCUUCAAUGUGAGAUAAGUUACCAUCUGACCAAUCCUUGUCUGAGCCUUUACUACCCUAAAUAUCUUUAGCUUCUAGUUCCUGUUCAAGUGUUCAGUCUGCUGGAUGAUCUGUGUGUUCAGCUAUACUUAUGUUGAAUUUGAUACUCUGGAGUCUUUUACCUGAUUUCCUUUCAAACCAUGCUGUUUUGUUGUAAGGUGGCAUCUCUUUGACUCAUACCAUAAUGAAACAUGCUAUAUGAUCUAUUAAUGAAAACCAGGUAAAACUGGGUACUUGAACAGAGUUUUUUACCAAGUAGAGGUGUGUUUCAAUAAUUUUACAUGAAUUGCUUUUUGAAUCUUGCUUUCCUCUAGAGUAUGAAGUCACUUAGACCUAUAUCAAAAUCAUAUACCAAGGGGUUUUGAACAGUUCAUAUCUGGUAAUCUGGUAUUAUUGCUUUGAAUGCUUGUAACUUGGUACAAAAUUUUUCUGCAUGUGAAUGAUCUGAUAAUGUGACUCUGUUCUUUCUUAUCUAGUAUUAUGAUUUCAUUUUCAUACCAUCAGUGAGCUCAUGUUUAACAUUGGAGCUCACUGUGAAUAGGUUUUCCGUUUUCAUAACUUACUUUUUGCUUCCUUUCUUUUUUCUGCAGGAGUACAUUACAGUUUUGGUAUGUAAUGGGAAAAACCAAAAUCAGGCAAGAGACGAUUUGCACGCGUUUCUUGGAAGGAGGACUGAGGAAUUUGUAUUUUGGCUAUGGAAGUUUCUUCUGAAGAAUGAGACUCAAUUAACUGCUUCGGUAUCAUCAGAUAUGACUGUUGGCACUGUCCAUAGUUUGUGUGAUGUUGAUAGAGACAAAGCUUGCGCAAACAGAACAUUUAAAAGUUGUCCGAGUUAUUCUGUCAAUAUGAUGGGUAAACAUGAUAAAUAUCAUUCAUCUGGGCAAGCCUGUAAAUCGCCUGAUAUCGAACCACAAAAGGAUUAUCAUCCUCCCCUAGCAAAAGAGUUGGCAAAAAUUGCCAUCCAGUCAAGUGACCUUCGAAACAAAGUUGCUAAGUUUGAUUAUUCGAAGAAGGUGCUGUCAUCAGUUAGGAAUUAUCAGCUUGAAACAGUAAAUGACUACGAAAAGCAUUCUAGGUGCACUGACUUGUUCCCUAAGGCUGCUUCUUUAGCAAGGAAAGAUGUUGCUUUGAAACUCGAUUAUCUCCCUGCAUCUGUAGCUAAGUCUACUCGAAGCUGUAAGCUGCCAGAUAAGGAACCUGCUAGUUUAUUGGGGAGGCCUCCUACUUCUUUACAAGAGAGGAAUCCUGCUUCUAGAACACAGUUCUCUAAUGUCAGUAAGCUUUCAGGUAAUAUAAUUGCUUCCAAGAAUUAGCCUUGUUCUUCAUGAAGACUCAUUCAUUGAAAUGCUGCUUGAUAUUAUCAUUGUAAACACCAGCAUUACUUCUUUUUUUUUUUUUUGGGUGGCAGAGUGCCCACAAAUGCGUAAUGUGGGUAAUGCCUUGAAAGGGAGCCUUACUCCAGUAAUUUCAUCCUCCAAUAUCAACCAGCCACGGAAAAGUGUUUGGGACAGAUUGGGGAAGCCUCAACAGGAUGCACUAUCCAGAAGCCAGAUUGUUGAUUUUUGUGCAAGAGAAAAGGCUCAUUGCAAUAAAAACUGGACUGACCACCAUUCUUCAAUGACUCCAAUUCCUUCUGAACAAACAGUUCAAGCUUCUCCCUUGCCUGCUCUGUCUAGAGGUCAAGGCAGCCGAAAAUUGGGACAAGUACAUCAGUCUUUCCGGGGAGGUGGCACUCACCAACUUGAUGACACCAUGAGACCAAAAAUUGCCGUUAAGACAAAUUUUGAGGUUCCAUCUAUUAGUAAUAUUGGAAGAAAAAGGCAGUUUGGUGAAAUUAGUGGCCAAAUAGAUGCUGGUAUGACAACAGAGAAGAUAACAGAAAACCAAUUUGAAAAGCCUUGGCAGUCCCGUAAUAUAUCAGAAGUACCAUUAGAGGGUUCUCAGUCUGUUGUCCCUGUAUGUGGAACCUUCUCCCUUUUCCCCCUAUCCCCUAGUCCACUCUCUCAUCCUCACCAUAAUGAAAUAUUGAACUGGUUGGCCUGUAUAUCUUGAAACUUGUAAGGGCAUGAUACCUCUAAUGCGGUUCAUUUAAGUUGAUUUCAUUUCAUAAGCAGUGAAGCCGGUUAAUAAUUGUCGUCUGAUAUCAAGUUAUACUGCUCAGGAAUCGAAGACUUAGUUUCUUAAUUGUGGAAGGGACCUAUGUUUUUUUUUUGUUUUUUUUUUUUUUUUUUUUUUUUUGUGGAAGGAUCUUGCUGCUCAUUUUUAUCUAAUGACCUAGAAGGUGCUUACUAAUAAAAAGACUAGGUUUCAUCUAAAUAAUUGUCGUCUCCUUUGAAAUUGCUCUGUUUGUUACACCGCGCCAUUGAGAUAUAAUGAAUGUGAUAAUAUCCCUCUGCUUUGGCUUAGUGCUUCUUGCCUUAUAGUACUAACAUGCCCAUGCAUCCUAUGCAGCAAGUGGAUGAUAUGAAAUUGCGUUUGCGUCAGAUUGAGCUAGAUAUGGUUAAGCUACGAGAAAAGCAAGUAUCAUUGGAGAAAGAUGGAAAGACCAACUUACUAACAAAAUCUGGUGUGAUAAAGCCAACAGUGGAUGAAUCAAGAACAGUGCUCGUGACUAAUGUACAUUUUGAGGCAACAAAAGAAUCUUUAUUGAUGUACUUCUGGAAGUGUGGAGCUGUUGUAGACAUCAAAUUUGCUGAUAAUAUGCCAUCUGCACGAGAAAAGUCUGCUUACAUUACUUUCCAAAACAAGAUGGCUGCUGAUAAGGCUUUGAGAUUCAGUGGGGCAUCUUUUUAUUCAAGAACCAUUAAGGUUUGUAGGACGGGGGAAUUUCCCAGUACAGCCACAGCACCAUCAGCUGAAAUUUCUGGCAAGAAGAUGCAAAUUACUCCUUCAAAAAGCAACGUUAACCCUGAGGGGUUUUCUAAUUCUGAAUCUCAUUCCAAGUGUCAGAAUGAACCUUUUUCUUCAGCUCAUUCAGAACCCUUGUCUUCUACCUUUGACGAAACAAAAUCAGUUGCGGAAUCUUCUUGUCAGCAAGGACCUUCAGCUGCUUCUUCCGUAGAGAUGCCUGCAGAAUCAGAGCAGCAGAAUUUGGCGACUGAGACAUGUACCUCACAGCCAGAGCAUCUGUCUUUAUCAUGAAAGGCCUAAAAAGUGCUCUGAUAGAACUGAAACUUACAAUUUGAGAUCAAAUUUUACAAGGGUGAGUUGUGGAUUAUAGUUUUAACUUGGGAUAGACAGCAUAUACCUUAAAACGAAGUAUAUAAUAAUUUCUGUAGGUAAUUGUACAGAAAGUAAGAAAGAGCUUUGGCAAUGUCAUUCACCAGUUGAAAAGGACAUGUUUGGAUCCUGUAACGGAUUUCUUAACUUUAAAUACAACGAAUUGCAUGUGCA